AUGGGCAAAACUCUUCAGCGGCGUCGAGGGUCGAACCCGAUGGACCGCACGUGGAUGGCGGCGUGCAUGAGUGGAAUUUUGUUGUUUUGCAGCGGGGAGGUCGUUGCAGGUCAACUGAGUGAAGGCCUUCAACACCGGCGUUUGGCAACUAAGUUCACGACUGUUGCGCCCACGUUCCAGGAUGCGGUCGCCACUUGCGAUUUAACACAAGCUGCUGCCGCAGCCGCUGCGGCUGCUGCUGCCUCGCUGACGCUGUCACAAUCAAGUCUCACCGCUACGUUGGUAUGUAAGGCAGCAACGAUCACGAUGAUACCACAGAGCCUGGCAAAAGUGUGUGACCCAACGCAAAAAGAAGAAGGUGAGGAAUGCAAAUUCGCUGGCCUCGCCUCCGAUGGCAAAGAAAUCGCGCUGAAAGACUUGCUUGGAACGGACCGCGAGGUUACGUGGACACAGAAACAACCAAAGGCAGGGAACACAGGAACGUGGACAUUGCAGCUGGAGGAUGCUGACAUUCCUGUAACGGACAAGAGCUUCCUUGUUGGGUGUCAAGACACCGAUCCCUCCAAGAACAAGGGUUCCGGUACGACAAAUGUGUGCAAGGUCGCGGUGAACGUCGAAGCAAGAGCUUCUUCUGUUGGGGAUAGGAACGUCGUCACCUGCGCGUACGGCAAAAACAGCAACCCUGCGCCCCUGAAGGUUGAGAUGACAACAGAAAACAACACCCUCACUCUUCAGUGUGGCUCCGAGGGUAUGCUCCAUCCGCCUAAAUAUAAAACUCGCUACUGCGACCCUGAGGAAGCAGACUUGAAAAAGUGCAACGAGAAGGAUUAUACAGGUAUUCUUCCCAGCUUGGUGGAGAGCUGGUGGACAAAUGUGAACGACGGGAAGAGUUCCGCUACGCUGACAAUCCCGGAGACGGAGUUUCCGGAAUCAGACCAGCAAUUCCGUUUGAGUUGUGUUCUCAACACGACAGAUUCUGCGGGAUCUGAUGAUACAGCGAAGACUAGCAAGGGUGGGGCAAACGACGGCUUACAGACGGUUGCGACUACGUCGAACUGCAAUGUGAUUGUGACUGUCAGGUCAGGAAGCUCUGCGUCGUCAACUGGUCAAAUGGUAGCUACAGUCUCGGGCACGGCCGCUUUGAUCGGGCUCCUCGCAGGCUCUUUGUAA